AUGUCUUCCACCCUCACAAUGCAACGUUUCAAAAUGGGUUUCUCUGAUUACAUCCAAGCAUUAGAACAAGAACGUCGUAAGAUUCAGGUCUUUCCUAAGGAACUUCCACUUUCCUUAGAACUCGUUACACAAGCUAUUGAAACUUGUAGACAGCAAUUGUCUGGAACAACAACUGAGUAUAAUUUGAAUGGACAAUCUGAGUGUUCUGAACAGACAACAUCAACAGGACCUGUUUUGGAAGAGUUUAUUCCGAUUAAGAAAAGGGCUUCUCCUUAUUGUGAACAAGUGUGUGAUGAUGAUGAUGAAGAAGAAGAUGAGCAACACUCUUCUCAUCAUAAGCAGCAAAAAAUUUCAAUGGAUGAUAAUAAGAAUUCUGAUAAGAAGAAAUCUGACUGGCUUAGAUCUGUUCAGUUAUGGAAUUCAGAUCCUUCAUCUGAGGAGGAUGCUACUAGGAAAGUGUCUGUGUUAGAAUUGAAGAGAAAUGGAAGUGUUGGUGGCGCUUUUCAUCCAUUCCAAAAAGAUGAAAGAGUUAACAACAAGACAUGUGAGUUUUUGAGUAAAGGACAGCCCUCUUCGACUGGUGUAGCUGCUGCGAGUUCUAAUGUGGCCGCCACUGUCACUAGUAACAAUGCUGGAAACAACAAAAGAGAGGAUAAAGAGGAAAAGAGAAAGCAGCGACGGUGCUGGUCGCAGGAGUUGCACAAACGCUUCUUGCAAGCACUUCAACAACUCGGAGGUGCAGAUUCUGCCACGCCAAAGCAAAUCAGAGAGCUAAUGAACGUAGACGGUCUUACAAAUGAUGAAGUCAAAAGCCAUUUACAGAAAUACCGAUUACAUACAAGAAGACCGAGUUCAACGAAUAACGAAAGUGGCAAAUCACAAACAGCAACACCUUUUGUCCUUGUAGGAAAUAUUUUUGUCCAGCCAACAGAAUAUGGUGGGGUAGGUUCAUCAACCACAUCAGGGGAAAUGACAAAGGUGGUUGCACCUUCUGGAAUUUACGCACCGGUGGCCACACAUCCUCCGGUUGCUACAAUUAAGAAGCCAGAGUUUAAGAAGUUUGAGAAUUCGAUCUCGGAAGAAAGGGGUAAUAAUAAUAAUAACAGUGAAGGUGCUGUUCAUUCAAAUUCACCUGCUUCAUCAUCCUCUACACAUACUACUCAUGGCUUUUGA